GUCAGGACGAGGAAUAAUGAGAUAGUGAGAUAGGGAGGGACAUCAUGUCCGCGCAAAGAAGCACCGCGAGCUUUCUCCCCAAGGCCGAUGCAGCCAUCCUGAGAUACCUGAGGCAGCCAGCACCACUCCAGCAGGCCCGGCCCACGACGAUUGGCCCGAUCUUCGAUCCCGAGAACCUGGAUAAGCCAAUCAGCGUCCUGACCCGCGAGAUUGAAGCGAUUGUUUACCCUGCUCCGCAUCCCAACGCACCCACUUCCACUGCCACCAGAUCCGACAAACCCCCGGGAUUUGCGGGAUUUGAUGAUUGUCGGUACUUGCGCGCCUUUCUCGCUGACAAUGAGAGACUUAGAUUGUCCAUGCUAUGGUACUACACCCGCGAUAUCGAGGCAGAAGCCGAACUGCUCGCCGGGCUCCAGGAGAAAGCCGAUCUCGCAAAGGAAUGCACCGGCUGGCAGUUCGCGGUGAUUGGGAUUCUCGAUAUCCAUGUGUAUAUUCGCCUGGCCACUCACGGCCUACAACUCGGCAUCCUGCCCCGCGGCGAGACAAUCUGUGCACAUACCGUCACUCAACCUCCAGGUAGUGUCUUCCUUCUGCCAGAGCUCCAAGAGGACUGGCGGUUCCGGACAUGCCCAUACCUCGAACAAGGUGGCCUCUACGCGUACGCCGGGGUGCCGCUCCGCCUGCAGCACGAGUCCGGGGUCACCGUUGGCCUCGGUUCGCUCUGCGUGGCCUCGAGUACAGCAGAGGACCCUCUCACGAAAGACCAGCAGCAAGCGCUGGUUCGAUUAGCCGACUGGGUGGUCUCAGAUCUGGUGCAGUGUACCCGAGCACGACGCCAGCGCGAACGGCAGCGAAUGUCAGACCUUCUCACGACGGCGCGGAUGGAACUAGAAAAGGGGGUCUCGGCGGAUCCGGUCUUUCGGAUACUCAAGACGAUUUAUCCUAAGGCCGUCAUCAAGUCGCAGCCCACGACAGCAACGCAUGUCGAGAUGGAAGCACGCGACCCGAUUCUCAUGUCCGACCUCGAAGGCGGUCUCUGGGAAGAUAUCGAGUACCUCGAUGCACUGAUCGUGGAGGCGAAUCACCAGCCUCUCCCUACGACAAAAACAGUCCGCGUCAUGGCCGCCCCCUGCGAGAGCGCCAAUGGCCCCUCGUUGCUCAUGGUGGGAACCAAGGACUUUCAGCACAUAUUUGACGACGUCGACUCGUGGUUCGUGCAGAGCUGCGCGGGCCUGAUCUCGCAAAUGUGGCGCAAACGUCUACUGGUGGAGGCCAUCAAUGCGAAAGAAAAAUUCCUCCGCGGGAUUUCGCACCAGCUUCGCACGCCGAUUCAUGGAAUCCUGGGUUCCGCGGAUCUUCUCGCUGAGGAACUUCAAGCCGCUUUAGAGGGCGGCUCGGCUGAUGACGCCCUCGCAGCGCCAACGGCAACGACAGUCCACAAGACCGGAUUGAUAGAUUUCGCUGAAUACUCCAAGUACCUUAACAUAAUCAAGAUGGGCGGUCGCGAUCUCGUCUCAAUCGUCAAUAACAUGAUUACCCUGAACCGAUGGGUUGACAUCGCCCUCAGCGACCGGCACUACGCCAUGCACAGCAUCGACAAGCUCGAGGCCGAGCUACACGCGGCAAUCUCGACCCUGACCAUCGGCGACAUGCGAUAUAGUUGUGCCCUCUUCUUCACGCACGACAUCCCGGCCGGCUUCGAGACCUUCUGGAUGGACAUCGAUGUUCUCCGUGACAGUCUUCUCCCAAUCGUCUACAACGCGAUCCAACACACACCGGAAGGGAUCGUCUCCGUACACUCAACUGUCGAUCCUGAAACCAAGCAGUUGACUAUCGACAUCCGGGAUACAGGCUUGGGGAUUCAACAAGAGGAUCAGCGGCGCAUCUUUGAAGCGUACGAGAAGGUCGACGCGCAUUCCGCGCGCGCAGGACUGGGUCUGACGCUGGGAUCCAGAUUUGCCUCUCUUCUGCACGGCUCGGUGGCGUUGAUGUCGUCGGCUAUUGGUCGGGGCUCACACUUUCGGGCGACGUUUCGUGACAUCGAGUGUGCUUCUCAGGCGGACGGAACUCCGCCGUCGCUGGCCUCGAAGGUGAAGAGUCUUCCCCGGAGUUUCUAUAUUCUAAAGUCUCCGACUCGCGCUGGGUCGAGGCCUAGGCCUUUUGGUAUAUCGACGUCUUUAUCCGACCACUUCGCGUCGAUACUCACGCGCAGUGGAUUCACCCCAUCCGACUCUCUCGAAGAUUGCUUCGUCAUCGUCGACCCUUCGCCAGACACCGAGGAACAUCGCGCGCGUCUGUCCCAAAUCCCGGCGGACACGGUUACGACAUCUGCCAAGAACGUCAUCCACACCAGAGGGCCCUUCUCGGCGCAGACACUGGCCUGGCUCCUCGAACGAGCCGACGCGCUCGCGGCGGAGAUCCGAUCGCCAGAGCCGUCUACCUCAGUGGUCCUUCCCAUGCACCUGAAACGCCCCAACGACGAUUCAGGUUCAGACUCAGACUCUCAACCUGACAACAAUAUUCGAACCCCCGAGACGGUCUCCGAAGAAGAGACAGAACCGGUUUCUCGCCCCCUCGCCACCCGUACAUCACCCCGCCCAACAACCCUCAUAGUCGAUGACAACAUCGUCAACCUCCGCAUCAUGGAAAUGUACUGCAAGAAGCGCGGCCUCCCCUAUCUGACAGCGACCGACGGCCUCCAGGCCGUCGAGAUGCUCACGCGCCGCCGCCAGUCGUCCUCAUCUCCCAGCACUGAUAACAAUAACGAAAGCGGCCUCCCGCCGAUCGAGCUCAUCUUCAUGGAUCUCCAAAUGCCGGUCUGCGACGGCGUCGACGCGACGCGACAGAUCCGGGCCUUAGAGCAGGAGAACGACUGGCCGCGGUCGUUGGUCAUCGUGAUGACGGGCCAAGAUACGCCGGCGGAUAAGACGGCGGCGACGGAGGCCGGGGGCGACGAGUACUUUGUGAAACCGGUGAUCAUGCGGCAGUUGGAUGGGGUUGUGCGGCGGCAUUUUCCGGCGUUUGAGGCGGGGGGAUAGUAAGUUGGGAGGUGUACAGAGAAAGAAGGGGGGGGGG